CAGCAUCACCCUCCAGCAGCAGCAGCAGCAGCAGCAGCAGAGACUGAUGAUGGGAACGGAAACACGGAUGGAGCUGCAGUAGAGAUCCGGAGAGGAGGAUGCUGCGGCGGUUGUGAGGCAGCCCGAGCCGUGUUUAGCCCGUGUCAGCUGCACCUGCCGUGGAUGAUUUUCCCGAUGGGUUGUGGAGGGAGUCGGGCGGACGCGAUCAUCGAGCCGAGGUACCAUGAGAGCUGGACCAGAGAAACGGAAUCGACGUGGCUUACCAACACGGACGUAGAGACCUCUUUACCAGUAGCCACCAGUAAAGCUCUGGAGGCCAGCCUGAGGGAGAAGAGGAUGGUGACCACAGGCACCCAGUGUGGGAAGCAGGCCCUCACAUCCACUGGCUCCAACCACCAGAGGAGACCCAGACGCUCCCUGACUGAUCAGACUACUCGCGACUCCAAAAGAAGGGCAUCAAAGGAGGCCGGCGCUCUGUCUAAGGAUGGGCAGCCUGUCAGCAUCAACAGCAGUGAAGACGCCGAACCUGGGAACGCGUGCGAUGAAAGAUGAAGACAAGCCAAGACUCUGUGAGGAGGAAGAUGGCCUGAGCUGUGAACGGUUCACCAAGAGGAUGGGGAUGGUGAUUUUGCAUAAAGUGUGUGGAUGAUGUGUCUGCGAGUGACUUUUUUGCAAGGUCUCGGCCGUCGAUCUCAGCGAUUUACAACAUAAGCACCUGCGUAUGUCUCCAUCCAAAGAUCUCGGGAUGCUGCAUCUUUGUCGUGCCAUUGCAAAUGCAUGCGUGAAGCAGAGAGUGGGUCACUAACACGUGUUCACGCUCUCCACCAUGCUUUUCUCCCAUGCUUAUGGUGCCGGUCAGGGAUUGUGUCACUGUGUUAAGCCAUUUUUAAGACAAAACGAGAACAGACCGUCCCAUAUGCACAUGAUAAUCACAAUCUGCACAUCAAAUGUUUUUUCUGUGUGGGGCCUUCCUAAAGAAUCUGCUUCAGUUCUUUGUGCAAGUAUAUUCCUUUUGUUGUGAAUGAGAAACAAUAGAGUGGGAACCAAUGAUGAUGCUGUUUAACCUCAAGUCAAUGCUGUAAAUGAUUUUAAGAAGACCCUGAAGUGCUGUUUAGAAACUGAGAUUUUGGAGGUUUGAAGCUUAAAGGCGAAGGACUGUCUUUUCCAGCCUUUGCUGAUAGAUAAAGAAACAAACACACCCGCAUGUGCCUACAACUCAUCUUGAUCUGAACUGCUCCUGUUUUUAUUUGUUAUUUUUUACUUUGUUCAGUAUUAUUAUAUCUCCUCCAGUUCUCUUACAUCUUCUUUUAUGUUAUAUGAUGUUACCCUUUAUUAUGAUGUGUCAUUUGUGUGGCUUAAGACUGAUCUGCAUGUGUAAAUCAGUCUUAAACUGAUUCAGCUUUGGUGACCAAAUCUCCGGCUAAAUAUAAUCACAAGCAAGCUGUCUGAAAUAAAACAUUUAUCCUAUCUGGUACACAUGAACAUAGAAAGAACUGCACUAAGAAAUACAUUCAGGGGAUAAAUGCGGAUGAUGAGUUGGGGUAUUGAACUAUUUGAAGACAUUAGCUAUUGGCUAUUUUAAGAAAACCAUUCAUUUAACUUGCUGGACAGUAAUUAGAAGGCAAUCUAUAUUAAAUUCAGAGUCGGACCAUUUAAUGCUUGUGAUAACGUGUUGCUUGUCAAAUGUGUACAGGCCAACUUUUGUGAUGGAAAACAUCAUUUUAACAUACAAGAUCUGCCACGUUUUCUUUCUUGUUUGAAUUAAAAUUGUUGUCAGCUUCUUAAGU